AUGGGUAAUUCACCGCCACAGCGGCACGGUCCUCAGCCUCAUGGUCAUCAAGAGAUACACAAUCCAGAGACCUACGUUAUGAUAGCCAAUCUAAAAAAUAAGGUUGAAAAUUUGGAAAUGCGCAAUAAAGGUCUAAAGAGAAUCUACAACAAAAGUAAAAGAACUGUGGCCACUCUAACUCAAGAGAUAGAACUUCUGAAGAUGCAAAUUGAUCAAAAUCGACGGCCCGAAAUUCAUCAAACCACCAGAGAGUUUAUCGCUGAAAAUGACGCUUACGAACAAGAGGAACGCCAGCUUGAGGCAGAAUUUCAAGCAACCAUUCGAGCCACGCAGGCGAAUGCCGGUGCUAUAAUCCAGGCGCGAAUAAAUUUGGACAAGUUCGAAAACUGCGUUAUUUGCACACGUCAAUACGAUAAUCAGGGUCAUCAUCGUGUCGUCCUUCGCCCCUGUGGCCAUAUUGUCGGAGAACGAUGUUUCCUAAACUGGGGAGGAGACAAAUGUCCCUACCAAUGUGAGUUUGUUGGAGGUCAUCAAAGAAUUUAUGUCGGAGUGUGA